AUGGUUAUCAGCAAACUCCUGCGAUCCACUCUUCACUCCCAGCUCAGUUCUUGCAUAAAAAAUGGUGCUGCUUCUGGAAGUUCACAGGAGCAUCUUCUUCGGGCCUCUUUCCUGGCCAGAUUAUAUGGUACCGAGGCAUCUUUGCGGAAGGAAGAUUCAACUACUGAUGGUACCAGUUUCAAGGGGCAUGAUAUGUUGGCACCUUUCACUGCUGGCUGGCAGAGUACUGAUUUGCAUCCUCUAGUCAUAGAGAAGUCUGAGGGUAGCUAUGUCUAUGACAUCAAUGGGAAGAAGUAUCUUGAUACUCUUGCUGGUCUUUGGUGCACAGCCUUAGGGGGAAAUGAACCACGACUUGUGGCUGCUGCAACAGAACAGUUGAAUAAAUUGCCAUUUUACCACUCCUUUUGGAAUCGUACUACAAAACCUUCUUUGGAUCUUGCAAAAGAACUUCUUGAAACUUUUACUGCAAGUAAAAUGGCAAAAGCUUUCUUUACCAAUAGUGGAUCAGAAGCCAAUGAUACUCAGGUGAAGCUGGUUUGGUAUUAUAACAAUGCUCUUGGAAGACCAAAUAAGAAGAAAUUUAUAGCUCGAUCAAAAUCGUACCAUGGUUCAACUUUGAUAGCAGCCAGUCUUUCUGGCCUUCCAGCUUUGCACCACAAAUUUGAUCUGCCUGCUCCAUUUGUACUACACACUGACUGUCCUCAUUACUGGCGCUAUCAUGUCCCAGGUGAAACGGAGGAGGAAUUCUCAACCAGACUAGCUAAUAAUUUGGAGAAUCUUAUCCUGAAAGAGGGACCAGAGACGAUUGCUGCAUUUAUUGCUGAGCCUGUCAUGGGGGCAGGAGGGGUGAUACCUCCCCCAGCAACUUAUUUUGAUAAGAUUCAAGCAGUGGUGAAAAAAUAUGACAUUCUGUUCAUUGCAGAUGAGGUAAUUUGUGCCUUUGGAAGGCUUGGGACAAUGUAUGGGUCUGACAAAUACAACAUCAAACCAGACCUUGUAUCUGUAGCAAAGGCCCUUUCCUCUGCUUACAUGCCAAUCGGAGCUGUUAUGGUGAGCCCUGAAGUUUCAGAUGUGAUUCACUCUCAAAGCACUAAACUUGGUUCUUUCUCUCAUGGAUUCACUUACUCUGGCCACCCUGUUGCCUGUGCGGUUGCCAUUGAAGCGCUCAAGAUAUACAAGGAAAGUAACAUUCUUGAUAAAGUAAACAGCAUUGCCCCAAAAUUUCAAGAUGGACUAAAAGCCUUCUCUGACAGUCCUGUCGUAGGGGAGAUACGCGGAACUGGUUUGAUUCUUGGCACAGAGUUCGUGGACAACAAGUCACCAAAUGAUCCAUUCCCUCCUGAGUGGGGAGUUGGCUCAUAUUUUGGAGCACAAUGUGAGAAGGAAGGGAUGCUGGUACGUGUUGCAGGGGAUAACAUAAUGAUGUCUCCGCCAUUUAUAAUUUUGCCCGAAGAGGUUGAUGAGUUGAUUAGCAAAUAUGGGAAAGCUCUGAAGGCUACUGAAGAGAGGGUAAAGGAGCUGAAAUCUCAGCACAAGAAGCAGUAA